AUGUUCCCUGACCAUGUGACCCUGUUUGCUGACUUUGCGGUUCCAGAGAAGAUCACCAGCACCUUGACUUGGCUUAGGCCUACCUCCAUUCCAUGGGACAAGAUCAACCAGGAGACCUGGCACCACAACUUGGGCAGAUUACCAGCACCUGAUCACCAGCAGGGGCGGAGGCCCCAGAGCUACAAGCAUGCUGCUGUCGCCAACAAGCAGACGCUGGAUGCUGAGGUCUGCAGACUCAUCUUGUGGUCCGCCAUCAAGAAAGGACGUGGAUUUGAUGGAUUUUUCCACGUAUGGUGGCUUCGGAGAAGAAUACGUUCGCCUUCAGCCCCUGUAACUUUUCGACUUGCACCUCCUGAUGGAUUCACUGCUGAGCAAAUCUUCUUGGACUUUAAGAAGAACUUUGAGGCCUUUGAGCAGAGGCACUGUCGACAACGUCGGAAGCUACUGCAAUUGAAGUGUGACCACAGCUUUCACAGGCUGUUUCAUGAACUGCGUCCACCCAAGCGCGACCAACUGGAUAUUCUUUGGCACACCAAAGGCUACACGAUCUUGGCGGUCGACCUGGCCACGCACCAGAUCCAUGUUGAUCAACCAGUGAAUGAUCUCACUGGAUGCGCUUGGUUCAUCAACAACACGCAGGUUGAAGUUGAGACUGCGAUGGUGACGUGCUUGGACUUCACGACCUUCCUCAUCAUGUUGAACCAGGUGACUUGCUGCAGUGCCACCACUAUUUUUCUGAAGUUGCACAAGUGCAUCAAGCGCUGA